UGUCACGCUCCACAGCCACAGUGCCCACCAGCUCGCCGGCGGCUUCACAGCUUGCGCACUCACAGUCACAGGUAAUAGGCUAAGUUCAGAAAUGGGGAGCAUCGAGGUGUCCAAGCCGCCGUCGAAGCGCCUGUCCCCGAAGCGCAGCAACAGCAGCAGCAGCAGCAGCUUCAAGCUGAGCCUGCCGGGCCUGUUCUGCGGCCAGUGCAAGGCCACCGCGGCCUCGUCGCCGCCGGACUCCCCAACGGCCGGCGGCGCUGGCGCGCGGUCGCUGUCGUCGUCCUCAGCGUCCGCGUCGGCCUCGUCGUCCUCUGCUGGCACGUCCCGCGGGCGCAGGCGCGACCGCAUGGCGGAGCUCCGCGAGAUUUUCCGCCACUUCGACCGCGACAUGGACGGGCGCAUCUCCGGCGCGGAGCUGCGCGAGUUCUUCGCGUCCAUGGGCGACGACGGCGGCAGCCUGGCGCUGCUGGGGCUCAACAAGCAGGACGGAGGGGCGGGGGAACACCUGAUGACGCUGGGGUUCGACGACUUCGUGCGCAUCGUGGAGAGCAAAGGCGGGGAGGAGGAGGAGCGCGAGGACCUCCGCCGCGCCUUCGAGGCGUUCGAGGCCGUCAAGGGGUCCGGCCGGAUCACGCCGCGCGGCCUGCAGCGCGUGCUCAGCCAGCUCGGCGACGAGCCGUCCGUUGCCGAGUGCGAGGCCAUGAUCCGCGCCUACGACGACGACGGCGACGGCGAGCUCGACUUCCACGACUUCCACCGCAUGAUGAGCCAGGACUAGCCAGCUGGCUAGCUAGUCGCCUAGUCCGGUCGUUUCAUGUCCUGUGAACUGUGAUUCCCGUCACUUGCUAGCCACCGUCACGAAUAUUUCAUUUUCAUUUAGCUAGGUUUUUUUUUUCGCAUUGCCUUCGGUUCGUGUACCUGUAACCUGUGUGUACUUGUGUUUGUUGGUGGGUGAGCGUGUGCGCAUACGGCGGGCACGUGCAUACGUGGCUUGACUUCCUGGUGUGCCUAUGUGCGUGCGUCGGAGUCUGAUUAUAUCUGUGCGUUCCAGAGACAGUGAUCUCAUGACUCAUGUAAUAUAAAAUCUAUGUGCGGUUUCUAGACUAAA